CAGGUGUGCAAUCAGUUAAUAUUUCACAGUGAACGACGAUGGACGAACAAACAGUGCGAAAAUAAAGGUUUCCAGAAGUGUCGAGGGUGAAAGAUAGAUACGAUGGCCGAUAUACUAACGAUCGUGGCGAAUACGCUUGCUAACGAGACGUCAAACAUCACCUCCCCCAUACCGAAACUUUAUGAUUUCGGUGAAAAUGAUGGCACCUUCAUUAUGAUUUGUGCUUUCCUGUUGGUGGCAUUGCAAACUGGAUUCGCUUUGCUUGAGUCGGGAUGUGUGAAUCAAAAAAAUGAAGUGGACAUGAUGCUGAGAAACGUUGUUGAUAUUGUUCUCGGAGGAUUAUCGUUCUGGAUGUUCGGAUUUGCGUUUAUGUUGGGAAGAAGCGUGUUUCGAAAUCCCUUCAUUGGAUUGGGAGAUUUCUUAAUCGAUGCGUCUGUGAAUGACCCCUUGAUGGGUCAAUUGAUGGCCGUUUACUUGUUUCAAAUGACAUUCUCAGCGUCAGCGACGACAAUCGUAGGCGGUGCUGUCGCAGAGAGAUGCAACUUCAAAGCCUACUGUCUGUUUUCGUUCCUGAACACGAUUGUGUACUGUAUUCCUGCCGGUUGGGUUUGGGGCGAACACGGGUUUCUCAGCAAUUUGGGCGUGGUAGACAUCGCUGGCAGUGGACCGGUACACCUGAUUGGAGGAACUUCAGCGUUUGCGUCUGCCAUGAUGCUGGGGCCACGGCUUGGGCGGUAUGCCAAAGGAACAGAUCCACUCCCUAUGGGGAAUCCCGUUAAUGCAUGCAUGGGACUUUUUGUCCUUUGGUGGGGAUGGCUGGCAUUCAAUUCAGGCAGUACUUACGGUGUAAGUGGCGCCAAAUGGAUUUAUGCUGCACGGGCAGCUGUAAUGACCAUGAUGGGCUCUUUUGGGGGAGGAAGCUUCAGCAUAAUAUAUUCAAUGUUUCGGAACGAUGGUCGAGUGGAUAUAGUGGACCUAAUAAAUGGCAUUCUGGCAUCGUUGGUGUCGGUAACUGCGGGCUGCUUCCUAUAUCACGCAUGGGAAGCAAUUGUCAUCGGCAUAAUAGGAUCUGCCCUUUGCUGCUUGAGUAUGCCAUUGUUUGACAAAAUGGGCGUAGAUGAUCCCGUUGGAGCGAGUGCUGUUCAUGGGGUUGCUGGAAUUUGGGGAGUCUUAGCUGUGGGGUUGUUUGCAGAUAACCCUAUUCCUCUAGAUACAACCAAUGGUCGAUCAGGGCUUUUCAAAGGAGGUGGCUGGUACUUGUUGGGAGUACAAUCAUUAUCAGCUUUGUGCUUGGCUUGCUGGGGUAUUUGUGUAACACUCGCGCUCUUAUGGGUCAUCAACAAAAUUAUACCAAUUCGAAUGGAUCCCAACGAAGAACUUCUUGGAGCUGAUUUAAUGGAACACCGUAUAAGGCACGCUCAGGUAGGAAUUUCUAGAGCAUUAUCUGCCUUAGCUCCACUGAAAAUUGAUUUAGAUGACGUAAUUAAUGCUCCAACCAUUGGGAGAAACCCUGGACAUGAUCAGUGCGUCGAUGAAGUAAGAGCUGCUGGUCAAAAGUUAUAUGAGUGGCGACUAUUUAUGGAUAAAAUGUCACCACAGAAGAAACUUGGAGACCAAUCCACAGCGAUUGAUAACCCGGACAUUGGUAAAAACUCGUUCAAACUACGUAACAUCAAUCGUAAAAACAAAAAUGGCACCGAUAAUCACGGUUAUGAAGGCAAAUACUCUCAUGCAUCAAAUGGAGCGGAAAAUGGAGUACGUACGGGUGGAAAUCAAUUGUUUAUGGUGACUAAACCAGGUGAUAACAAUCAAGGUGAAAGAAACGAUCAGAAUUUUGCCUGGAUUGAUUAAGAUAUAUGCUUUGAUGUUGUACGCGUAAUUUAUACUAUCCAUAUUUAAAACUGUUACACAAUAAAGAGUCGUAAACC